GGGGUUGUCAAAGUUCACUUUAAUGCACGAGUGUAUGUCAGAGUUUCUGAUGUUUCUAAAUGAAUACUUAUAUAUUGUGUGUGUGUGUGUGUGUAUGUGUGUGUAUCUGUAAUAGAGAGUGGGUAAAGCUUUAGACACACCCAUAAGUCCAACACCGGUCUGUGUCAGGAGUAUCCAGUUUCACUCGCAGGUCCUGGAACAUCUUUCUCUUUUAGGCUGGAUUUCCCAGUACAUGGUGAAUUUGAUUCGUUAGCUUCAGUCCUGCUCUGCCAAAUCAUCACAACAUGUCGGGUGCCUACGAUGAAUCCGCCAUGUCCGAAGAGACCACGGACAGUUUCUGGGAGGUUGGGAAUUACAAGCGUACGGUAAAACGAAUCGAAGACGGCCAUCGACUCUGCAAUGACAUGAUGAGUUGCAUCCAGGAGCGUGCCAAGAUCGAGAAGGCCUAUGCCCAGCAGCUCACCGACUGGUCCAAGAGGUGGAGGCAGCUGGUGGAGAGAGGGCCGCAGUACGGGACUUUGGAGAGGGCCUGGGUCGCUCUGAUGACAGAAGCAGAAAAGGUGAGCGACUUGCAUCAGGAGGUGAAAAAUAACCUGCUGAACGAGGACUUAGAGAAGGUGAAGAACUGGCAGAAGGAGGCCUACCACAAACAAAUGAUGGGCGGCUUCAAAGAAACCAAAGAGGCAGAAGAGGGUUUCAGGAAAGCCCAGAAACCUUGGGCCAAAAAACUCAAAGAGUUGGAAACCGCAAAGAAAGCGUACCACAUGGCCUGCAAAGAAGAGAAAAUUGCAUCCACGAGGGAGGCCAAUAGCAAAGGAGAGGCGUCAGUCACAUCAGAUCAGCAAAAGAAACUCCAGGAGAAAUUGGACAAAUGCAAAAACGACGUUCAAAAGGCCAAAGAGAAAUACGAGAAGAGCCUUGAUGAGCUCAGCAAGUGCACGCCGCAGUACAUGGAGAACAUGGAGGUGGUGUUCGAGCAGUGCCAGCAGUUCGAGGAGAAGAGGCUGAACUUCCUCCGGGAAGUGCUUCUGGAUAUCAAACGCCAUCUUAACCUCACCGAGAGCCAAAGCUAUGCUGCAGUCUACAGGGAACUAGAGCGAAGCAUCGCCUCAGCCAGCGCUCAAGAAGACCUCAAGUGGUUCAGCAACGUCCACGGGCCAGGCAUGCACAUGAACUGGCCACAGUUUGAGGAGUUCAACCCAGAGCUGAGCCACUCCAUCAAUAAGAAAGAGAAGGUGAAGAGGAACCAUGAUGGAGUCACGCUGACUCAAGUCACGCACGGUGUGGAUCAGGGCACGCCGCAGACGGCAAACCGGGGAAGCGUGAGCAGUUAUGAGAAGAACCAGCAGUAUUCUGCCGAAUGGUCCGAUGACGAGCAGCCGCCUGCAGCUCAGUCGGCCGGCGAAACGAACGGCGGAGGAAACCCGUUCGAAGAGGAGAGUAAAGGGGUGCGAGUGAGAGCGCUGUAUGACUACGAGGGCCAAGAACAAGACGAGCUCACAUUCAAAGCAGGAGAAGAGCUGACCAAACUGGAGGAUGAGGACGAGCAGGGCUGGUGCAAAGGCCGGUUGGACAGCGGUCAGCUAGGCUUGUACCCAGCUAACUACGUCGAGCCCGUUUAGUUGCCUUGUGCGGUGAAGAAGGCCUUAAAGACUUUACCCCCGCACUGCUCGAAUGCGAGAUUUCAAAGAAACUACAAUUUCCUUGCCUGAUUGACUUGCUGAGAAGCUUUACGCAGCGUUCCCUUAAUACCGUAACGAAAAAAACCUACAGUAUCCAAAACACAUAUCUAGCCCAGCGAGAGCAGGGAGAGGUCCUGUGCGUAUGUGUAGCCAUGUUCAGUAUGAGUUAUUGUGCUGCUGACAUGUGUUUGCGUAUGGUCUCCUGUAACAAUAUUAAUGUGAUGACGUCCACGAAGCCUAGCAUAGCGAGAACAAGCUAUGCAAUGUGUAUACUAGACUUUUAUUUUGAAGUGUUCAACCUAGUGGCCCUUUCUCGUGCAGCAACAUGAAACGGUAUUUUCAAUCUACUUCGCUUGCAUAAUUUGACAUAUUUAUGGAUAUUGAAUGAGAAAAAUGCUGAGCGGGACUUGAUUUUAUGCUAAUCGGAUGUGAAAAGGGCGUUGUUUGCUAGAUUGGAUCCACGUGGUUCAGGGGAGGGGCUUGAAACUUAAAGGGCUUGAUCACAUAAUGAGGAGCAUUUUUAUUUUUUUAGCAUAUUUGUCUCGAUGAAUUGUGCACAAGAAGACCAGAAACGUGUGUAAAUAAGGUCAGAUUUGCUUUAAUGCGUCAAUUUUUUUCCAAGUGUACAUAAUGCCUCAAAACACAUUAAAUUCGAAUAUCCUUUUUUUUCUUUUUAAACCUAUUUUAGGAAAUGUAAAAGCCUGCGAACAAAUUGUAAGCUUUCAUUUAAAGUGCUGAACUUUGGAAAAGUGUCUAGAAUUUUUUUUAUAUCCUUAUCCUAAUGGGCCGCUGGUGGAUUUAUUGAUACAAAUUCAUAAAUUUUGAGUCGGGAUGUUAGUUAUGAUUUCACGACCAUUGAACUGUGGUUCAUGAUGGUAUCUGGGCACAUGCUAUUGAGAAGUGUGUUCAAAUGCUUUUUCUUCUGCCUUUUGCCUGUUUAUGAGACUAGGAAUGUCUUUUAACAUGCGAUCUAUAACUGAUUCAGUAGCGCAGCAAUGUUAAUAACAGUCUAUGGUGAUUUCAUUCGUCAUGUUUUUAACACUGUAGCCUUGUUUUCAGCCUGAGAGCUUCGCUCAGUCUCAGCUAUUAUGAAUUGUGGACGGAGGAGGUGAUGUGUAUAUACUGUAUGUUUAGACUGGACUGAUGUGCUUCACUCUUCAUGUCAGUGUAGUAACUGUUCCAUUCAAGUUCACAAUAAAAAAAAACUCAUGAA